AGCUCAAAAGGCUUACCGCACCUAUAAUCCCUAUUUAUCCACCCUAAACGUCCUCUUAAUCCUUAAUGUCGUUUUAAUUACCUCCGUUUGGCGUCCGGUGUUCUUAUCGUAAUUACCCCUCGCCGCCUUCCCGCCUCCUUCCCCCUCCGCUUCUCGCUUCGAUGCUGGUCACCGCCCAGCUGACUCCAUCCUCCUCCUCUUCUUCCUUGAGCGUCGUAAUUGAGCGGCGCCUGCAACUUCGCUUCAUUGUUGCAGAGAGUUUAGAGUAGGAGCGCGCUAGGGGAAGGAAGACGAGGGUUCCGCUUUAGUAAUGGUAAUGAAAUUGUCCAUCUUCUUCCCACUUCCUAUCUGCAAUUUCAGCCAGUGCGAAGAUGGAGCUCAAUGAACCCUAAUCCCUUCGAUUUGGAGGCCCUCAGUAGUAUGGGCUUAGCAUUUAUGAGGAUUCAUGGCUUCUUUUCAGGUCAGCUAUAAGCCUGGAUCGCUCUGAUUUGUCUUCUUUUCAACUCUUCUAAGUUUUAUUCGCUCAUGGAUAACUUAGAGGAAGAAAUCGAAGAAACGAGUUGAUAGCGAGGAGAGAAGCUAGUGAAGGUUUGUGCGAGUGGCAAUUUUACUUGUGGAAAAACAUAAAUGCAGCAAUACGGGCAGGGGGCUGAGGAGCAGCAGGUUGUAAUAGAGGCUUCGGGACGUAAUUCCGAUCGCAACCAAGAUCCGAAUUCGAACUCCUCUGCUCCCGAUGCGACAGCUGAGCAUCAUCCCGUGCUGACCAUCGUGGUGUCGAAGCCAGAGGAAGCGACGAAUGCGAAAGGGGACGGAUCGAAGGGAACUUCUCCCGAAAGGCAGGAUAAGGUCAGCGUGAUCGCCUCAGCUAAGAAGGGGUUUUUGCCCAGGAGCGACAGCGACUGUGAGGAGUGCAGAAUCUGUCAGCAACCAUCAGAAGAACCUCUAAUUGAUUUGGGAUGUGGAUGCCGUGGUGAGCUCGCCAAAGCACACCGAUCAUGCAUAGAAAUUUGGUUUCGCACUAAAGGUUCAAAUAAAUGCGAGAUAUGCCAGCAAGUGGCUGUUAAUGUUCCUUUGCUGGAUUCCCAACCGGCUACAAAUUAUUGGGUAUGGAGGGUCGGCUCAAUCUAUGGAGGUUCUAAUAUUGGAAGACGAGGACGUGAAAGGGGAUGCGUUAGUCCUCUCUGGGUUGCAUUUGCUAUUCUGAUUGGGGGACUUCUACUUGAUGUGCUUGUUUCUGUUUCGCUUGGUGUUUCCGCACUUCCUGUGAAUAUUAUAAUUGGUGUGCUUAUUGUGUUAGGAUUAGGGACCGCGCUUCGUCUGGCGUUGGAAUGCUGUCACGAGUGGAGGUCAAGGAGACCUGCUCGUGGGACAGAGAUUGAUAUGAAUCCUGGGUCCAAUCCUAUUGCGUAAUUUAGCCAUUAUAUACAUAUUAUUUUACAGCGGGAAGCUCUUUAUUAUUAUUUUUGUACUUUAAGCUGAUAGAAAAAUCCAUUGCACAAAUGCUCGGAUAGAUCACUCAAUUGGGAAAGUUUUUCAGAGUAUAAUUUUUGUUGUAGCCUGGAAUUGUUGAUCAACUUGUUUUGAUCUUUUAAUCAAAGAUUGUGCCACCGGCUUUUUUAUUCUUUUUUAAUAGAAUAUACCUUUCUUAA